GCUACUAUUGGGUUGGCCAUCAACGCUUCAACAGUUUGGUCAAGGCAAGGGGCGCCUUGAAAGAACAAAAGAUUGAUGAGCCGAAGGAGUGGCCCGACUACAGCGCUGUCCUCAAGAAGCAUCCCGAAGCUUUUGAGAAACCAGCUAAGGCUAAGGCGGAGAAGAAUACAACAGGAGUCAAGAAGAAAGAAGAGAACACCACACAGACAGGCAGGCUGCGGGUGCAGGAUGCGGUAGGUUCCAAGUGCAAAAAAGCCAAGAAAGAAGCGGACGCAGGAUUGCCCGACCCAUCGCAAAAUCGCGGAGCUUUUGUAGCAAUGGCCAGGUAUGUGCCCUUCAUUCUCUUAUGGUUGGCAUGGUUUUCUCUAGGGACCUGUGGCGCCAAGACUCAGAAGAAGGAUCUGGACAUGUCGACAGGGCUUACAGAAAAAGAUUGGUUUGUGGCCUCAGAGCGUCUGGCUGAACUCGAUGCCUAUUGCGAGCAGUGGGAAGGUUUGAGAUCCCUCCACGUUUUCGAUUUCUUUAGCCAUUCCAGAAGAGUGAGUUGCAGUUUUGAGAGGAAAGGCUUCCGAGCCCGGAGCUAUGAUAUCCGUUCCUCUCCGUCUGAAGACAUCCUUUCACGUGCUGGAAUGGCGGGUAUUUGGAGACGUGUCCAAUCUCAAGUGAGAAUGGCAAACAUGAUUGCAGAGAACGCUUUGAUUUUGAUCAGCUUGGCUCUCAAGUGGCCCAGAACAGCCUUCGAAGACAAGCACAGAUGUUCCGGCCCGGGCAAGUCCUCGCCAAGCCUAGAUGCUCCAAAGGCUUCAGGCAAAGGCAAGAGUCCUCCAGAGGAUGUCCAAUCCCAGCAUGCAGGCCCAGAACAGCUUUCGAAGACAAGCCCAGAUGCUCCAGAAGCUUCAGGCAAAGGCCCAGAACAGCCUUCGAAGACAAGCACAGAUGUUCCGGAAGCUUCAGGCAAGAGUCCUCCAGAGGAUGUCCAAUCCCAGCAUGCAGGCCCAGAACAGCUUUCGAAGACAAGCCCAGAUGCUCCAGAAGCUUCAGGCAAAGGCCCAGAACAGCCUUCGAAGACAAGCACAGAUGUUCCGGAAGCUUCAGGCAAGAGUCCUCCAGAGGAUGUCCAAUCCCAGCAUGCAGGCCCAGAACAGCUUUCGAAGACAAGCCCAGAUGCUCCAGAAGCUUCAGGCAAAGGCCCAGAACAGCCUUCGAAGACAAGCACAGAUGUUCCGGAAGCUUCAGGCAAAGGGUG